ACACCAAGCAAGAAGACACUCCUGAUUAAAUUGCAGAAAAAUCCAGAACUAUGGCUCGUCAGACUGAAGUGAUGUUGCUUCUUAUUCUCACCACAGCAGCAACAGUCUUUGCUGAUGUGGUGAAUCCUCAGACAGCGGCUGAUUUUGAUCAGAUCGUGAAAGAAUCCAAAGAACAUCGCGUAGACAGCAAAUGCUCCACAUGCUGUCCAAAUGGCUGGGUGAAAUAUGAGAGACGAUGCUUCUCGUAUCAGGCCGGAAUGGACUGGGCUUCUGCUGAGAAACGCUGUCUAGCUCUCGGUGCACACUUGGUCUCAAUCCACAACGAAAAACAAUAUCAACUGGUUAAGGCCGUUAUCCGUGCUCAUGACCCCCGGGAGAAUCCAACAUGGAUUGGCCUCAGUGGCUGUCAGAAGAGAAAUAACUUUUUUUGGUCUGAUGGCACCAAAUUGACUUACACCAAGUGGAGUCCAAAUGAACCCAAUUUUAAAAGUGGAGAGUGCUGUGUGCAUAUGAACUGGAGUGGCAGUAAGAACUGGAACGACAUUCCGUGUCAUCACAGCUAUCCCUUUGUGUGCACCAAGAGUAUUUACUGAAAUGCUCCCAGCUUCACCUUACCAACUAUAAUACAAUAUUGGAAAGGUUUUCCUUGUCACUAAUGGAUUUACAAAAAAUUACUGUGGCAACUUACCAUAAAUAGAGCAAGAAAAAAAAUCUUUAAAAAAAAAUAAAAUAAAUUGUAUUUCAUUAA